AUGAGCAAUAAUUGUGAGUUACAAACAUAAUUUUAAACUAAAUAUAUUCUCCAUUGCUAGUACAACUCUAUAGAAGAAAAAAACUUUUCACAAUCCCAUGAUAAUAAAGCUUUAUGUGACUAUGCUGAAGGCUUUUAAUCUCUCUCUCGAAAUGUUGAUUCAAUAUUUAGCAAAAUGGAAGUAGAUCACAAAAAAAAAACCUGCUAAUAAAGUAGAAAACUUUUUCUAAAAGCUGACUAAUGCUCCACCCUUCAAGAUGAUUAAAAAGCAGAUAUUAAUGACUAUGAAACUUAAGAAACUAUAAACUCGAUAAAUAGCUUUAUCAUAAAAAGCUUGAUUCCUAUCCCUGAAAAAUUGAAUGGAAAUAAAAAAUAAUAAAAUAUUUUUAAAAAUUCUGUGUAAUCUUCUUAGAAAACCAACUAAUCAUCAGUUUAAACAGCUAGUUCAACGUAAAUCUACGAAUCUAAUGGAAACGGUUUAAAUGAAAAAGAAAAAAAUUUCUUUCUAGACUUACCUUUAAAUUAAUCAAGAUGCAUUUUUGAUGAAAAUGAUGAUGAAAAUAAAAAUUCUUUAAAGAAUUAAGCAUGUAUAGCUAUGUAGAGAAGCGGAAUUGAUAACCAGCAAAACUCUCUAUCAAAGAGAGUAACCUUUCAAGAUCUAUUAUUGAAAGAUAAAUUUUAGAAAUUUGAAGAAAAUUAAUCACUCUUGCUCGAACAAGGUAAAUUAGAAGAAAAAAUUACAAACUCAGAUACUAACUAUAUUUAGAUGAUUCUAAAAAAGCGAAAAAACCAAUACUGA